AUGGCACAAGCAGAUGAUUAUCGACUGUCCUUCUUUGGAGGAUCCCCAUAUGAAGUGCUGGAGUUGCCUACGGAAGCAACACAUGAAGAGAUCAAGAAAGCCUAUAGGAAAUUGGCCCUGAGGUACCACCCAGACAAGAAUCCAGGAAACCCUGUAGCAGCAGAGCGGUUCAAAGAGAUCAAUGCAGCCCAUUCGAUACUCCGUGAUCCCUGUCAGCGCCAGAUCUACAAUGACUAUGGUUCCUUGGGCCUCUUUUUGGCUAACCGAUAUGGCACAGAAACUGUCAAAAUCUAUUUCAUUGUGUCUUCAUGGUGGUUCAAGAGCCUGGCCUUCUUGUGCACACUUCUUACUUGUUGCUGCUGCUGUUGCUGCUGCUGCUUUUGCUGUGAGAGUACCAAGUUUGACCGUGAUUCAUGGGAUAUAGAGACACAACCUCCAAUGGGAAUCCGUAGGAAAUUUGGCCAAGGUGCUGACCUUGUGAAUGUGUCUCCUGCUGUCCAGGCUACUGUACACACUGAAGAAAGGGACCCUUGGCCCCAGUCCCGAUCUUCACCCUGCUCCUGUAAGCACCAUGAAUGCCAUGAGCUAUGCUGA